AUGUUUGGUCGUAAUGUGGGAUUUGUAUGUGUGACAGUGCGAUUCAAAGACCACUACGAUCAGAACGAUCAGAACGAGCAGAACGACGACGACAAGGACGACGGCGACGACAGCUACGAUAGCGUCGACGACGACGACGACGACGACGACACCCGCUGUUGGAAGACGACCGGUCGACGACGACUGACUGACAGCAUACGCCACCAUACACCAACUUGGAAGCGUUGGUGCGGUGCCGCCGACAGAAAAGUCUCUUUCGUCUACCAAUGGAGUGCCGCCGACCGGCCGGAAUUUAUUGGCUUCAACAGCAGCAGUACGUUGUUGGUGCUAGCGGCGUCAAGGACGGCGUUCAUGACACACGAGUGCACCAAAGUUCUGGUUCUGUGCGGUGUACUGUCGUCUUGUCCAGCUGACCUUCCUCAUUGCCUCGAUCGCGUGGCCACCCUCGCCGCCGCUGCCGCUGCCGCUGCCGCCGCCGCCGCCGCCGCCGCCUCCACCGCUAUAGCUGUACCGCUGCCAAGCCGUCAAAUCCUACUCCUCCCCGCGGCCGUCCUCCUCGUCGUCGUCGGCUUCCUCUUCGAAUCGUCCGCAGAUUAUUGA